AUGGCCACGCGGGGCAUUCACCUCGCCGUCCACACCAAUGAGGCCCUUCUUUCUACGGGUGCUUGGAUGGACUUCAGCCAGCAUAUCAACAUGUUGGUGCUGCGAGGAGACAUGGACGAGGCCAGGAAAGGCUGGACCUGGUCGCUCUCCAGAUGUAUGGCUCUGGGCGCCUCCUGGAAGACUUCGUCCCAGCGAACGUUGCAGCACUUUCUGACCGACUGGCAGCUGGGUUGGACGGGAUUUCGCAGAGCUACUUCUUUGCCCAGUGGAGGCUGUGGCAAUGGGGCGCUGGACGAUCCGGCCUUCUUCAUGCCAGAGGAGCGGAGUGUCAGGAGUGAUGCAGGGCGUUUCCUGCGCCUAUUGCUGGGAGCCAUGGAGUCAGAGGUUGACUACAUCCCACCCAUUGGGGCGGUGUGCAACAUGCCACGCUACUCUGAGUGUCCAGGGUGUGGCACGCAUUGGUGCGAUGGUUGUCGGGACUUCUUGCCCUUUGUGCCAUGUGCGGUGAAAGCUCCGACGAAGAUGCCUAGCUUUGAAGCCUCACGGCGCUUUGCAGCUUAUGAAGGCAGAGGGACUGCCUGCUGCAUCCACAAGUGCUAUGAAGAUCUGGGAGAGAUCUGCACGGUGGGCAAUCCAAGCGGCACAGGAGUGACCUGUUCAGCGUUGCAACCUCCUCAACAGGGUCAAGACGCGAUCCACCCACCCUGCCCCCAACAGGUCAGGUUUGGGAGUCGUGUCAAGGGAGCCCAAUCAGGUCUUGUUGUCCAUGGUGAUGAAGAAGCCUCUCUAUGGCCUUUGCAGUAUUGGCUUCAAGCGGUGGGUGCAACUGUCCUGGCCAUGGCUUCUGGUCCGGGACGCUAUGCUGCGGAGGUUGCUGCUGGGCCUAUCGAUGCUGCCACCAACUUAGAUCAGGUACAGCAGGCACGAGCCAGGGAGUUUCGUGACAGCCGAAGGCUUGCAGACGACGCUGACUUUGCAUUCUACUUCAACACCUAUGAGGAGGCAAAGCUUGCUGGAGGGGACUUUCAGCAGCCUUGGAACCACGCUCCAGGCCGAGCAGAUCAACAACAGGGUGGCUGGGCUUACCCAGGUUUCAUGGAUGCAGGGGUCAUGAAACCCUCUGGACACAUCAGCGACAGCAUCUUCAACGAGUGGGAGACUGGAGUGACCAGGCUUUCACAGGAGAAAGUCGCACACGCUGACAAAAUCACGAUCAUCAAUGCGGUGCGGACCUAUGCCGAGCUGAAGCACUUUAUGGCAGCCCGAGAUCGCGCAAUGCCACCAGAGGAGCUUGACCUCAGGUCUUUCUUGGACACGGGCACCGGAGGCCCAGUGCGGGCGCUCAACGCCUUGCGAUGGCUCUCCAGGCAGGGCCAGUUGGGGUGGCCACUGGAAGGGAUCCAGUCGGCGCCAACGGCUGGGACCAGAAAGCAACAGAGGGGCCCAGGCAGUGGUUAUCGAACCGCCUAUGUUGAGUUUCCUGGAGGAUGCCAUCGAGGACCACAUCAGGCUUCAACUGGGGAGAGCACUGGUUGCGGGAGUACCAGCAUCUCGCUCCAGAAGUUGCAGCACGAGCAGGAUUCUGCUUCAGCCUUGAAGGAGUGCCCUUCAGCAUCAGAGACGUCCAAGAUGCAGCCAGAAACCUCUUCCAGGGCCAUGUCGAGUUCGCUGAUGAUGAGCACCUGGCCGCGGAGAUUGGCUGGUGAUAAGUCCAAAGCAGCCAUGCCGCACCACUACUCUGCGGCUAAGUACCAGCAGAGUGUCAGGUUGAAACACAGGGCCUAUGAGGUGGCUUCCAAACUCUUCGAAUACGCAUCUUGGGAGAUCAUACACAAUGAUGUCUUGCAGGAGAUUGACCAGCAGGCCCAACUCCGAGUGAACAAGCUGGUGCAGCAAGACCAGAUUGUCUGGGCCUUGCCACCCGAUGCGGUGCAGCUGCAGGCACAAUUCCGGCUGUCUGAGGAGAGCCAGGAAGAAGCGCUCCGCAGUGAAGACGCAGGUAUGCCGGCAGAGUUGCGGGGCUAUGUCCUGACACGGACAUUGAAGCCUGGAACUAUGCUGUGCACCGCCUUCAACACGGACAGGUGCUACAACACUGACGCCACGUGCGAAGGAGCCCACCUUUGCGCGGUGGUGCUGCAAUUUUGCCGAUGCCAAGAGGGCGGAGCGACCGCCUAUAGGCCAAAACAGCCUCCCAAGAAGAAGGCCAAGCACGGAGAAGAAGGUUCAGCUCCAGCGACCAAGCGCAAGUCAGCGCAAGCAACAUCUUCGAAGGCAAAGGCAGUGGCUGCGCCAGCGGUGCGCCAGCUGGAGAUACCAGCAGUGGUGCGACAGAAGGUGGGUUGUGGCCCUCAGGAAUACGUGCUGAGGCAGAGCUUGUAUCAGGGCGAUGUGGUCCUCUAUCAUUGCAUGGCCGGACGCCACAGAGGUGCUGCGGCGGGAGUGGUGACGGUGGCAGUGAUGGGAAGGAUGUCCAUCAGGGAGGCCGAGGAGAGUAUCCUCAAGAGCACGACAUUGCCUGCCCCCUUGCCAAAGGCAGUGGCUUGGGCAGCCUCCGAGAAGUCCCACGUGCACAUCCUCACCGACAACGAGGGUAACAUGUCGACCCUGUGCGCGCAUAAGCAAGGGCAGAGUCGCCCUAGGGAGUUGAGCUCACCCAAUGUCACGCACGACAAGUACGAAGCCAUUGCAUGGUCUUUACCUUUUUGUUCAGUGUGCCGAGAACGAGCACCAGCCAGCUUUUUGCUGCAGUAA